GGAGGGGGGGGGGGGAAGAAAGAAAAGGAUGUCUGGUGUGGUGUGUGGUUUACGAUUUCUAUGAAGUGAAAUUCUGCAGACACACACGGAAUUGUUUUUCAAAAGCAUUUACACAAACAAACAAAAAUGAAAAGAAAAGGUGAACGACCUGAAUUCAAACUCGUGUCUCACGCUUCCUCGGGCAAACGUGCUAACCACUCUGCAAAAACAAACAAGGCUUGUAAAGACGAAAUUCAACUUCUUCGUUCUAUGGUAUUCCGAGUGGACCUAUGUUUUAACUGGUUUACAGUAGUUCUUUGCUUGUUUUUGUUUUCAUGCUUUCUAGUCACGUGAUGAUUAUGCUGAGAUUGUCAACUGAUAGUGGACGUAAAGAGGUUUCUUGUUUAGCAUGAGUAGAUUUCAUUGAAGUCACCAGAUGGCUUUCAGAAAGGCUUGCUUGCAUUAUAAAUCAAGGAAGAAUAUUUUUAACCUCCUUGUCUUCCUAUUAUCUUGCACUGUCAGCUGGUAUGCUCUCUGCUUUGCAUUUGAAGUCGUUGUUAAGGCACUGGACACAGGUGCGGAAGACAACAUUAUAAUGUUUAAAGACAUUUACACGCAUGAGCCUUGGCCCGGACUGGAAUCAAAUCUGACGGAGCCAGGAGCCAUCCCUGCCAAGGUGCACUAUUACUGGUGUGGCAAUAAGAUGUUCAGAUUCGUGGAUUACCUGAGCCUUCUAAGCAUCGUCCGAAUUCUGAAGCCCCAGAAAAUCAUCUUCCAUCACUUCUAUCAGCCACGUGUCGAUACUUUUUGGUACCAUACAUGGUUUCAGGAGCUGAAGCAGUCAGUUCCAAAUCUAGUCUUGCGUCGUUCAAUCAGCAAUUUAGACUGCGGUUCCGAGGAGGUAUUGAAAUAUAUUCUGAAUAAACUGUCGCAAGAAGGUGGAGUCUAUGUUGGGGAGAAAGUGAUAUUAACUCAAGUGCCUUCAGCAGCUUAUACCGAUGACUUCUUUUACAGUUUCCGGUUCAGAAAUAAACUUGUGGACUUCACUAGCGGCGUUAUAUUCAGUAAAAAUGGUUUCCCCGUGGAAUCAAUAGGCGAGAAAUUAAAAUUCAUUUAUCAAUCCCCCAGGACUUGUUAUAUCGUUGACGAGUUUGAUGCUAUUCCAGAAUCAAGACUACCAGACCCAGAGAGAGCUUGCCUGGUGGCUGACAGCCUAAUGUAUCCCAAAAACAUAUGGGACAACACAACAAGGUUUUCAGAGCUGGCAAGAUGGCUGUACUAUGGUCAGAGGGCUCGACUGUUUCCGGUAGAGAACAGCGACGAGCUAAUCCCAAUGGUGUCUCACUUGAUUUGGAUGCGGACCAAUAACCUGAUCAAGUCGGACGAACUCGAGUUUUACCACUACCUUAGCAUCAUGUCAGCAUUGUAUGUAGCUGGCUUCAAGGCCGUGUACAUACAUGGGGAAAUAGAGCCUUACGGACCUUGGUGGGAGCUGCUGAAACGUGAAAAUGUCAAGUUUAUACUGAUUGAACGCCCAGAGACGAUUUUCCAACAAGCUGUAGACGGCCCGAGCCAUCAAUCGGACGUUCUUCGACUUAACAUCCUGUUACGUUACGGGGGAGUCUACCAGGAUCGGGAUGUUUUAUGGGUUGGACAGAUUCCAGACAAUUUGAGACGCUAUCCAGUGGUGGCCUGUCCAGAUUGGCCACAGAAUGGCGAAUGGCCAGAAGUGUUUAAUAUGGGGGUUAUGAUGGCCAAGAGAAACGCACCUUGGCUCAAGUCUUUUCUGUCAACAUUUAGAUACUACAGAGACGACAAAUGGGCAUUUAAUGCGGUCAUGAUGCCUUACAAAGCAUAUGAACAACAUCCAGACCAACUUUAUGUGGACAGAUAUCUUCAGGUCAUUUGUUUUUACGGUGUUUGCCAUCCUACCUGGCAACCUGACUACAAGCGAGACAUUAUGGAUCAGCGGCCUGUUCCAGCUUUUGCCUGGCGUGAAGCGCGCUCCUUUCAUUUCACAGUGCCUAAACCCCCCGAGUCAUUGACCUCGCCAGCAGCUGUGAAAAAUGGCGAUGACAUUUAUGCAGAGAUUGGGAAAUUGAUUCUUGAGAAAAGCGGCCACUUGGAUUUGCUUUAAAAAAAAAAACGGCAGACGAGAGAAAUAACAGAACAAAAGAUUUAAUCGAACAGCCGGACCUAUUGUCCAUGCUUAGUGAACCGAACAAUUUUGGUUUUCAAGACCGUUUGACUAAAAUAGGUCACACUUGAAUGCACAGGUUUUAUACAGGCGCAUUCAUGAAAAAGGUUGAAACACCAGAAUAGCUUGCUGGUGUCAUUGGAACUGUUUUUCAUUAAGUGAAUGUCAGACCUGGAGUCAUGAUCACGCGAACGUUAAAUAGUUGGUCAUAAUCAUAAAUUAAGCUAUUCAUGAUAUGUGGGACAGAUUCUCAUAGAUUGAAGGGUAUCCAUAAAUAGAAAACCUUUUUAAAAAGUAUUUCAUAAUUUAUUUGCACUUAUUUUUAGAACUGAAGAAUCAAAGUAAUUUUUAUAAUUCAUUUGGCAACAGCGAUCUUUCAAUAUAGCGUCUCUGUUAAUUAGCGACCCCCCCCCCCCCGAAAGGGGAAUAGCCGCUAUUAGUUUUAUGUGGUCUGUCUAUUCGUCCGUCCGGUUUACAUCUAAUUAACUAGAAAAUAUAUUGAUAAUCCGAUUCUGCUUAUCUUUCCUUACUGCAGUUUCCUGCCAAAAAUGUCUUUGUUAGAUCUUUGAAGUGUAAUAUAUUAGAUUUAUUUCUUUGGUUUGCAUCGUGUGUACUUGUGUUACAUUUGUGUUUGUAUGCAUACAAAACUAUACCUGUGAUCAAAAUUAGAAUUUACUGAUUAAAUUCUGUCCAUUCAGUUGUAUAAACACACACUACAUUUCUAAUCUCUCAAUUCAAUUUUAGAAGACGUCAAUAAUUUAAGCAUUUUCUUUUGUUCUUUUUUUUUUUUAGGAAACCUCAGUGUUUGUGCAAUUCAUUUUAGUACAUAGGAGUCCUCGGGCUCUAGACCUCUUUUCUGUUAUUUGCCUUUUUUUUAGAUAGUUUCCACUUCUUCCUUGGUCUGCAUGCCUCUUUCAGAGAGUUUCCACUUCUUCCUUGGUCUGCAUGCCUCUUUCAGAGAGUUUCCACUUCUUCCUUGGUCUGCAUGCCUCUUUCAGAGAGUUUCCACUUCUUCCUUGGUCUGCAUGCCUCUUUCAGAGAGUUUCCACUUCUUCCUUGGUCUGCAUGCCUUUUUCAGAGAGUUUCCACUUCUUCCUUGGUCUGCAUGCCUCUUUCAGAGAGUUUCCACUUCUUCCUUGGUCUGCAUGCCUCUUUUUUUUUGGGGGGGGGGGGGCGGGCCUUUUUAAAAAAAUAAAUUUAUUUUAACUUUAAAUAGUUAGAUAUAUAUUUAAAUUCUACACAUUCUAAUUAAAGAACAUUGUUAUAAAAUUUAUAAACACACAUGUUUCAACAAUGUCAGUGUGACUGUAGUAUAGCCUGAAAUAAUGGUUGCAUCCUCAGAUCCUUUUACACAAAUCUUGGCAUUUUCCCCCCCUCUAAACAACAGCACAUUUUUUUGCAAACAAAAAUGUCAAGAACAAGAACAACAUUUUAAAGAAUAUUUUGAAAUACAACACCUCCAACAUUAAAAUACAAAUGUAAUCAAAUAAGUUUUAAAAAAUAAUUACAAUUUUUUGGAUUCAAUUUGGGUAUCGAACUCGUGACACCGUCAGCUGCAAAAAAAAAAAAGAAUAUGCAUUUUCUGAUUCGUUCAGCGAGGCAAGUAUAUUUGUUCGAUUAUUUAUUGGUCUGUUCAUUAUAUGGACAUCUAGAUCUAACAUAAGACUUAAAGUUCAGAUUUAAAACACUUAAGAUCUAGCUCUAAUAUCUACUUCUAGAUCUAGAAUCUAAAUGUUAUCUAUAGUAGACUUACAAAUAUAAGCAACGCUUAUAAACUUCAAUAAAAUUGAAGCAACUUUAAAUUUCCUCAGUUAUGGCAUAAUUACGGCAAUACGUCUGACUACGCCAUGUUGGCUCUAGACCUAGAUAUAGUCUCCAGCCAAAUUUACAUUUAUUUAUUUUUUACUUUGAAAAAAUAUAACGGGUCAGACUAGAGUUUUCUCCGUGUGGCCAACGAGCUAGUUAUUCUGUUCUCAGCACUAUACAGCAACUCAUUAGUUAGAACUGUUUAACUCUUUAACGACUUUUCUAAUAAUUUGCCAGUCUAUGUUUAGAGAAAAACGAAAAAAACUUUUGAAAAACAAAAACAAAAAAAUACUUUUAAAAACAAAACAAAGCUUAUACUAGGUGUAGUUAUAUCAAUUGGUUUGGAUCGGUCAUGUAACUAAAUUUGUAAUACAUCUAGACUAAUAAUAAUAAAUCUGGCGAUUAGAAACAUUUGUUACCAAUUUCAUGCCUUUAGCUUUCUCAAUACGCUAUGUUCUGGACUUGCCUGGACCAGUUGGAUAAGGAAGGGGGGAGGAAGAAGGGGGUAUCUGGGUGAUCACUAUUUAAAUGUAUUUAUUUUUUAAACAUUUAUAAAGGGGAACGAACUGAAUUGGAACUCAGUUCUUAAGCCUUCCCAAGCUGACACUCGACCACCAUAGUUAUCUAUUCUUAGCUUCAAGGGGGGGGGACUAAUUCAGCUUAUACCACCUCAUCAGUCGAGUACGAUUUCUUUCCCUUGUUUGAGAUGCCAACCGAAACAAAACAAGUUAAUUAACUAGUUGGUAAAUAUUUCUCUAUUGAUUCUUGUGUUGUCAGGUAAAAUAAAUAAUUGUACAAAAUUUCAACUUGAUCCGAGUUUGGAUGUCGGAGAAAUAACGUGUACAAACUUUUGGCCAGACAGACAGACAGACAGAGAUGAUAAAAAAUACUAGCGAAUAGGUCACACGGGGGAAAACUUUUUUCAAAAUAUAAUAAUCUUUAAAAGUAAAUUUAGUCUGGAAGUCUAGACAUUCUCUACUUUGGACACACGUACGUCACUGGGUAUUACCGGGUGGGGUAAAAAAUGUUCCAUUUUUUAAAAUCUAUAAUUCAUUAGUCAAAGUAAUGUGAUCGCUCUUACAAGACGUCGUCACCUUCAUAAAGGUAGUUACUGUUUGAAUUGAGUUUGUAUUAUCCUAAUGUAGUGUGAGUUGUGUUUAUGUAGUGAGCGCGUGUGGCACUUUAUUUCAAUUAUUAUUUUCGCUAUUUAUUUGUAUGUCUUGUUGAUCUUGUCUUGGUUUAAUAUAUUUGCAUACAUCGUAACGUGUUGCCUUUUGUUGAAAUAAAAUUCUUACAAUGACACAAGA